AUGGCGUUCGAAGCGAGCGAAGAGCGGCAAUUCCUCAACAACAACCAACAACUCUACAUUGACUCGGCGCAGUUGGACGACGCCGGCGUUUACACCUGUAUCGGGGAGAACGAAGCCGGCAAAGCCACCAAGAACAUUGUCAUCACCAUGCUGGACGCGCCCGUGGUGGUUGUGCCGUAUCAGGAUGUGGAGGCGAGGGAGAACGAGACGAUCACGUUGACCUGCCCUGUUAAUGAUCCCAGCUUGUAUCGGAUGACUUGGCUGAAGGACGACGCGGUCGUAACGAACAGCCCGACGAUUCAGGUGAGUGUGGGGAGUGGUGAACGAUGUUGAUAUUGUCCAGACAUGGCAAGGGCCGGAUCGGCAUAUAAAGUUCGAACGGGCUUCGGAAAUUUCGGGAAAGGGGCCGGGCCGAGCUUUUCUGUGGCUGUGCCGAGCUUUUCUGGGGCCCUGGGCAUGGCCUAUCUUUGUGGCGCCGAGCCGAGCCUUUCUGGAGACGGUUCGAGCUUUUUUCGAGCCGGACUGAAGUUUUGUGAGGCUGACCAUGCGUUUCUGGGGCUGAGGACUCGAUCUAACUUUUCAGGGCCGGGCCAAGAUUUUCUGGGGCCGAGCCGAGCUUUUCUGGGGCCGGGGACUCGAUAUAUUUUUUGGGAGGCCGGGCUGAGUUUUUCUCGAGACUGCACGAGCUUUUUUGAUGCCGGACCGAAGUUUUUUGGGGCUGACCAUGGCUUUUCUGGUACCAGAGGCUCGAUCAAAUUUUCUUGGGCCGGGCCAGCUUUUCGGCGUCGCGACACUUGCGGGCAACCACUUUGCGGGCAACCAGUUUGCGGGCAAUUUUUUUGCGGGCAGCCACUUUGCGGGCAAAAUUUGUGGGGUCACAUUUGCGGGCAGCUGAAACAUUUGCGGGCAGCUGAGACACUUGCGGGCAGCCUGGGACACUUGCGGGCAACCGACACUUGCGGGCAGCCGACAUUUGCGGGCAACCGGCACCUGAGGGUUACAGGGUGGAGGUGGAAAUAUUACUGCAAUAUUUUGAAAAUUUGCCGACAUUUGCGGGCAGCCGACACUUGCGGGCAACCGACAUUUGCGGGCAACAGGAAAAAACAAUCACACAGGUUGUAUUGGAACUUUUAGAACUGUUGUCCGCAAAUGUCGGCUGCCCGCAAGUGUCGGUUGCCCGCAAAUGUCGGAAAACUUCCAAAAUAUGGCACUAAUUUUUCCACCUCCACCUUGUAACCCUCAGGUGCCGGUUGCCCGCAAAUGUCGGCUGCCCGCAAGUGUCGGUUGCCCGCAAGUGUCGGCUGCCCGCAAAUGUCGGCAAAUUUCCAAAAUAUCACAGUAAUUUUUCCACGUCCACCCUGUUACCUCCAUAAUCAGGUGUCGGUUGCCCGCAAAUGUCGGCUGCCCGCAAAUCUUCCAGGCUGCCCGCAACUGUCGACCCUGCCCGCAAAUGUCCCAGGCUGCCCGCAAAUGCCGGUGCUGCCCGCAAAUGUCGGCUGCCCGCAAAGUGGCUGCCCGCAAAAAAUUUGCCCGCAAACUGGUUGCCCGCAAAGUGGUUGCCCGCAAGCGUGCGCCCGCCCAGCUUUUCUGGGGCCGGGACCUUGGCCCGAUCAAAUUUUUUGAGGCCGGGCUGGCUCUGAAAAUCCUCACAACUCUUAGAGCGGGGCCAUAGGCCCCACUGACCAAGGGCCGGCCAGACAUUCACGGGGGCUAGGCCGGGAGCCCCUAAAUGCCAAAAGCCGGCCCCGGAAGCCAUAUAUGGCUUGUCUUUUUACCACAGGCACAUACCAAAACAGAUGUCAUCCUGACACGUUUUCUGGAUACACAAAGAUUUUUUGAUUUUCAACUUCCGAGGCUAUAUCUCAUUUCAGGUGUCCGAGAGCGGCUACACGCUGCACUUCUCGAAGGUGUCCGCACGAAACGCCGGCGAAUACAUUUGCGAGGUCGCGAACGACGCCGGCGAGACCAAGGCCACCCUGAACCUGGCCGUCCUCACCACUCCGCACAUUCAACAGCCCGCGCCCGCGAUGCGCAAUGUCGCAAUUCGCCUGGAAGAGCGACUUUCGUUGAACUGCAACGCGGAUGGAGAGCCGAAGCCGGAGAUAUCGUGGCUUUUUGAUGGUCAGCCCAUUGCGUCGGGGGAGUUGUUGGUGGAAAAAACAAUAGCAAACGUGGAGAAUGGGCAUUUGGUUGUGCAGAAUGUCAGCACGUUGCAUGAGGGCCGCUACACGUGUGUGGCGCAGAACAAGGCCGGUCGGACCGAAGCCGACGUCUUCGUGGAGGUGGUGGUGCCGCCACGCCUCGAGCUCCCCAACGAAGUCGUCAAGGUGGUGCAGAACAAGAACCUGACGAUCAAAGCGCGGCUGUUGCAAGGCACCGAGCCGCUGGAGGUGAGCUGGAAGAAGGGCGGCCUCGAACUGGCGACUGUGACCGAGCCCAUGGACGGAGGAGUGUUUUAUGUGAUCCGGCUGGUGGAGGUGAAGCCCAGCGACGGCGGACAGUACACGGUGACGGUGCAGAAUAAAGGGGGAAUGGUCAAGGAGAAGAUUCGAGUGGAGGUGUUGAGUAAGUGCGAUACUUUGUACAAGGAAAUGCGAAAAGAGCGAUGGCUUUCUCGAAAUAUUCAAUUCAAUUUAUUCACACUAAUCACAUGUAAAAUCAUGGAGUGUAUCAGUCGGGAUUCCAUUGUCUGGUCAGUAUAAUAAAGAAAUCGCUCAAAAAAUCUGGAUCUCCCCAAUUUCCGACCUAAAAAUCUCGAUUUUUUCUGCCCAGAUCCAGUGACAAAAAACGUGGCGUUUUGCAUCCGGGAAGCAUCAAAAAAUGUAGCAAAAUACCUCCCUCUCCAAGUGAAAAAACUUCGAUUUCAAAAGCCCGCCCACUCUUUUUGUGAGGACCCUUCAAAAUGGAGUUUUUUUAGUUGGAAAGGGAGGUAUUUGCCAGAUUUUUUGAUACUUCCCGGACGCAAAAUGGUACGGUUUUUGCCACUGGAUCAGGUACGCUACUGGAGAUGGCGCUUUGCAAAUGAAACGAGAUUUUGUUUUUUAAUUGGAGAGGGGAGCAUUUUGCCACAUUUUUUGGUAUCAAAAACGUACCACAUUGCAUCCGGGAAGUAUCAAAAAUGUGUCAAAAUGCCUCCCUUUCCAGUUUGCCCCAAAUUUGAUUACAAUAAAAGCGUUGCACUUUGAGCGCCUCCUUUACAAUUUUCAACCUCACUUUUCAGCUCCUCCAAUAAUCACCCCCGGCGAACGAGUCUUCAAAGUGGUCGAGCGCACCGACUUGACCCUCGAAUGCCUCGCCGAGGGCUCGCCCAGCCCCAAAAUCAAGUGGUAUCAAAAUGGCAAAGGUCUGAAUCGAACGCACCCCAAACUCGAGCUGAAAGACGUUACAACGGAAAACGAAGGCCGCUACACUUGCGAGGCCCUGAACGACGCCGGCUCCGUGUCCACGGAAUUCGCGGUCGAAGUGUAUGUUCGGCCGAAGAUUUUGGAGUACGAAAAAGUCAUAAAAGCCAUCGAUGGGAGCAAGGUUCGGCUGGAGUGCAAGUUCACUGGGAAUCCGGAGCCGACCGUGAAGUAGGUUGGAGGUUACGUACAACAAAACGCUUUUAUAAUAACCCGUUCGCAAAGCGCGGAAGUGAUUUUAGCGACAUGCACUGUGCAAAAACAAAAGUUGACUGUCGCUGUGAAACUUCUUGCUUUUUCCACCGUGCAAUAUGCUUUUUUGGGCUGUCGCUCGGCUGGGUUUUUCUGCACGAUGCAAACGCCAAAUACCGCUCCCGCGACUUUAAACGGACUACUACGCCUUUUCAAAAGCGAGUCGACUUUUUCCGCGGCGCAUGGUGCAUUUUGCCAAGAUUUGCAAUUGUGCAAUCUGUCGCGAGCGAAAAAUUCACGGCAAUUUUUCAAUUGCACGGUGCAAAAGAUGAAAUGCUCAGUGCGGAAAGCUUGUAACAAGAAGUUUACGCACUUUUGAAAAACGGCAUAGUAGUACCACCCGAGGGUAAAAGUUCUGAUAAUUUUUCACAGUGCGGUUCUUCAACAUCAACGUAGCAGUCGGUCGGGAAAAAUAAGCGCAAUGUGCGCCGAUUGUGUCGCUGAAAUGGAACGCAAUUUGAUUUUGUCGCGACACAAUUCAUUUUUUCGGCAGCGAUGCGACAGACUGCUCAUUAUUUUCCCGACAGACAUACGUGUAUUCAAUCUGUAUGAUGUUGCUUUAAAAUCUGAGCAUCGCACUUCAAACACCUCUCUUUUUCAUUUGUCAAACGAAAAAGCGUCGUAUUUUACAACACCAUACUGUAUACAUACCUCACUAAAUUUUCAGAUGGAUGCGAAGCGGCCGUCCCAUCACCAACGCCCCGAACAUCAUCCUGUCGCCGCGCGGCGAGACUCUGCUCAUCCCCAAGGCGAAGGCAACGGACGCCGGCGACUACUCGUGCGUCGUGUCGAACAAGGCGGGCCAAGCCGAGGCGCCGUUCAGCGUCCUCAUCCAGACCGCGCCCCACAUCGACGACGCCAUCGACCAGAACCCCACCGUCGUGGAGGGCGCGCAGUUGACGCUGGAAUGCCCGGUUCAAGGGUCGCCCGAUCCGCUGGUCACGUGGCGUUUCCUCGACAACGAUAUUAGCCCGUCCGCGACGGAGGCGUAUGUGGUGGAAGGGACGAAUUUGAAGGUGGUGAAUGCGACCGUAGGCCAAGCCGGACGAUAUACGUGUUGGGCGAGGAACGAGAUCGGGGAGUUGGAGACGAAUUAUGAGCUGGAAGUGAUUGGUGAGUAUGCCAAUACAGUCAACAAACUUAAUUUCAGCCGCACCUCGAUUCGGAAACGCCGUCAACAAGAGCUACACGGUGAUCGAAGGUGACUCCUUGGACAUCGUCUGUCCAGUGGAAGCGAAUCCAACCCCAACGAUUGAGUGGCUUCGCAAUGGAGUGGACAUUGAUUUCUCAUCUUCUAAGUUCCAUGUCUCGCCGAAUGCAAAGGUAAAAUACGAAAGGAUUGAGGCGUUCUGUUCAAGACUUUUUUGCCAAAAUUCGCAAAAAAAUUUCCCUUCUUCCCCAACUUUCGGGCUAAAAAUCUCGGUCGUUUCUACGAAAUGAGAGCGGGAAAUCUCACAUAUGUCUUAUCAGUCUGUCGGGAAAAUAACGGCGGAUUGUCGCAGCAAAAUGCCUCGCCUCGCCGCUAUCGCGCACCAAAUCCCCAGCCGCGGCUUUCAGUCGCAGAGCGAUGAUGGGCGAUUCCAAGGCGCGACGAUCCGCCGUUAUUUUCCCGACAGACUGAUAUAAAAAUAGCUCUAAAUUAGCGUUAAAUUUCAUCAAAGUCUGAGCGUUGCACUUGAACCACCUCCCCAUAAAAAUACGCCAAGUUUCUUCAGGAUAUCAAUCAGUCUGUCUGCAAAAUAAUGAGCCCCUCUUUCGCUGCGUCAAUCGUGUAGCUGAAGUGAAAUGCAAUUUGAUUUUGCGACACAAUUCAUUUCCUCCGCGGCGCUGCGAUUUUCGCUGCAACGGAGUGCUCAUUAUUUUCUCGACAAACUGAAGACUAAAUCGUUCUCCUUGCAGAAGCUGAAGCUCACCAACGCCACGCUGUCGGACGCCGGCAAGUACGUGUGUCGCGCCUCCAACGUGGCCGGCUCCAACGACAUCGACCUGAGCGUGCGCGUCAUCGUGCCGCCGCGCAUCGACGAGUCGAACGUGAUCCGCAACCCGCUCGCGGUUCUGGGUCGCUCCAUCUACCUGGAGUGUCCGGCCACCGCCAUCCCGCAGCCCAUGAUCAUGUGGCUGAAGGACGGGCGACCGGUGGAUUACGGGGAGAAGAUCAGCGACGGGAAGACGUUGAAGUUCUCGCUACAACAGGGGAAUCAGACGUUCGGAAUCCGAGAAGUGGAGCAUUCGGAUCGCGGAGCGUACACUUGUUUCGUUCAGAAUCAAGGGGGAAGUGCGAGUGAGGACUUCGAAGUGGAUGUGUUGAGUAAGUGUUUGAAAAAAAAUAAAAAAAAAAAUAAAAAAUCAGUCAAAUCUUUGUUAGUGUUACCCUGUCGGGAAAAUAAUGUGGAUUUGUCGCAGCGAAAUUUCUGGCAUCGCCGCAAUCUCGCGCCAAAUUUGCCGUCGCAAAGCAAUGAUGGGCGAUUUCAAAGUGCGACAAAUCCACAUUAUUUUCCCGACAGACUGAUACGAAAACACUUUACCCUCCAAAAAAUGUCCAUGAACUUUAUGAAAAUAUGAAAUAUCAGUCUGUCUGGAAAAUAAUGUGGAUUUUUUAAGGAACGACAAAUCCACAUUAUUUUCCCGACAGUCUGAUACGAAAACACUUUACUUUCCAAAAAAAUGUCCAUGAACUUUAUGAAAAUAUAAAAUAUCGGUCAGUCUGAAAAAUAAUGUGGAUUUUUCAACACACGACAAAUCCACAUUAUUUUCCCGACAAUUGAUAUUUCACAUUUUCAUAAAGUGCAUGGACAUUUUUUGUUGCCCGCACAAAGGCUUUAUUGUAGCGAGGUUAACUUUGCCUUUCAGUUCCACCGGUUAUGGACAAAGACGUGGCCACCACUCCACAGCUGAUUACAAAACGAGAAAACGAGUCGGUUGUGUUGACAUGCCCCGUGAAGACAAGUGUUCUCAAGAACGAUGUGAACGACCUGUCCAUCAGUUGGACGCAGGACGGGCGACCGGUCGAUGUGACUUCGAAGAACGUGGAGGUAAGCGUUGUAGAAAAUUCCCAAGAUAUUACAAGGUGUACCAAAAAAAUGGAAACUUGUUUUCAUAGCUAUAUUUUUUUGGAGAAUCAAAAUUCAGCGAAAGUAACGGUCAUCAUCAGAAAUAUGAAAGAAGCGGUGGCGGUGCGUUUUCCUUCACUUCCUGAGCGCUUACUAUCCGUAUCAAGCUCCUUGCGCCGUGUGAUUGCUUUCAACACAACGUUCUUUCUGUACCGAGCAAAUUAACUGUUCGAACAGCUUCAAAAACAAGUCCAAAAUCGAGGUCCCUUCGUUUGAAGUUCAAAAAACACAGGUGGAUUAAUCGAUAUAUGGAUGGUGAUUUAUAAAUUUUUGGUUUCAGUCCAGCCGAAAGUGCAGAAUUCAGUCCACGGAGGCACUUUGGACUGAAAUCGUCAAAUCUUGUCCAUCCGCCGGACAAAACUCAACUGGUCCGCCGCUCGGACUAAGUUUGCAAAAAUUAGUCCAUCGUUUUUCGUUUGCGUGGAUUUUUUUGAGUUGUCCGCGGUUCGGACAAUUUAAAAAGUCCAAGGCGCGGACUGAAUCCGCCGACUUUGGUCCAAAGUGCCUCCGCGGACUGAAUUCGGCGAAUUUGGUCCAAAGGGCGGACUCAAUUCGCCGAAAUUGGUCCAAAGCGCGGACUAAAUUCGGCGAAAUUGGUCUAUUGCGCACAGAAUUUUAAAAUUUACUUUUCUCAGUUUUAGGGAUUUACCUUGUAAUCAGUAAAAAUCUUUUAAACGAAUAAAGUAACAAUCGUAUAAACGAAUAGUAAAUCUUUCCAUAAAAAGCAAAUUUUUUAUUUACAACAUACGGUUUAUCAAAUAAAGCUACUAAAAAGGUGUAUCCUUCUUCUUUCUUCUUUACUGUUUCUUUUGGUUGGAGUUCUUAGAGAUCGACGACUUGACAGUGAUUCAACUUGAGGUUGCAGCGACGGUAGGGGUGGACACUUGGUUAAAAUCUUCCCGUUCUCUGGUGUUGAUUUGGACGAAGGCUGCUGAAGAAUUUCUCCGAUCUUUCCACAUUGUACAGGUGGGCGGACAAUCAAGGUGGUUGAAUAACCCGACGACACUCUAGAUUCUCCAUGAACGACGACCCAAAACCUUCACCAAGGACGAACACGCUCCAAAACUUCGACGUUCAGCUUCUGUUUGGGCAGGGGUGAACACAAGAUAAAGUCUGAAAAGAGAAAAGUUGAGGAAAAUAAUGCUCUGAGUAAAAUUCGACCUAAAACAAUGUCCAGAAAUUAUAGAAAAACUAAAAUAAUUUCCAAAAAAGAACAAGAAUCGUAAAAAAAAACAAAAUGCAGCCGAGAGAAGCGCAAAUCCGAAACGAUCGGAAUGCCAUUUUCGCGGCGGAACCAAGAUCAUGGGAAAAUGCGCCAUUUUUUCGGGUUUUUUUGGUAAACAAGUUGCGAAAUUCGUCGUAAACGUUGCUGGAUGUUCAAACAAAGAGCGCACUUGGAUUGGAUUUGGAAAGAAGGGCAUCAAGUUGAACUCAAUGCUGCGAGAGUUAAGAAAGCAUAACUCCAUUAGCAAUGUCAGCUUGCUAUGUGAACCGAGAUGUGAGUUUUUCCGCAUAUUUUUUUUAUCAAUUUAGGUCGUUCCAUUCGCCCUGGAGUCGUCCUUUGGCAAAACGGCGAUUUAAUCGCUUCACACCAACAGCUUGGUCCGACUCAGUGGUGAAACCAUCGAGAUGAUCAGCUGGUCGGUCGUCGUCCCUAUUGCAAGAAUGGAGAAUCCCAACUUCGAACUACGAGAUCUAGUAGAAUAAUACACUAACAUCCUUUGUUACAGUUAUGCUUUUAUCAGUUGAUAAAUCAGUUAUUCAUCCUCCGGAAUCUAUAAAUCUCGUUUGAAUUCGACGUUAUACAUAAUUUAUCUUAAUUUAUCGAUGGACAAAAAAAAACAUAAAAAAUCCAAUGCCAUCCCCUAAAACAUAAAAACGAAAGCACUGGACAAGAUUUGGCGAAUUUGGUCCGAGGGGCGGACUGAAUCCGCCGAUUUUCGUCCGAGCGUCCGAUAAUAAAAAUUAUCAGGCCCGCGGAUCAAAAACCGGCGGAUUUAGUCCGCCCGCCAAGACCAAAAUCCCCGAAUCUGGUCCGUUCUCUGGACAAAAAAAAGUUGUCCAAUCCCUGGACUAAAUUUGUUGAUUUUCGUCCAGCGAACGGACAAAGUUUGCAAAUCUUGCGCCGAAAUGGACAAGAUUUGACGAUUUCAGUCCAAAGUGCCUCCGUGGACUGAAUUCUGCACUUUCGGCUGGACUGAAACCAAAAAUUUAUAAAUCACCAUCCAUAUAUGGGCGUAAAAAUCAAACCACUAGGACAGAAAAACACAGAGAAUGUUGCUGUAAUAAACUUCUUUGGCUACACCUACCCAGUUUUGCGUCAGGGCCCAUGAAAAAAGUUUCCAUUUUUUGGUACACCCUGUAUUAGGUCGUCCAGAAAGUUCGUUCGUUUCUUUUGAUUGCUUUGUUUUACAAGGAUUGUUUGUUCUUUGGCAAAGGGAAUAUACUUAUUUCAUACACCUUUUUCUCCGCUACAAAACCGCAUAUUUGGUUUUUUUUUUUAUUUAAUUUUUCAUUAUUUUUCGGGCUCAGAAAAACGAACGAACUUUCUGGACGACCUAAUAUUAAAUUUUUUUAAUUCUAGAAUCUCGGUCGCAAAGCCUUAAAAGUAAAAUUUGAGUGUCCAACUUCGACCCUAUUCAUUUUCACCCUCCAAUACAAGUCAAUUUUCAGAUCUCCUCGAACGGGAAACGCCUCACCAUCAAGUCGAUCAAAGUGGCGGACAACGGCCACUACAAGUGCGUCGCGUCGAACCGUGCCGGCCAAUCGCACGCCAAGUUCCACGUGGACGUCCUGUGUACGCAUUUACGCACCGAAUACUGUCGCGCGCUCGAGUUCCGGCACAUCAACCAGCAGCGGCGCGCGUUCGAGGCGCGCCGGCGCCAUAACCCGACUAACCCGCUAACCCAUCGGUUUUCUAACAUUCGUCGGCACGAAGUGGGGGAUCCGCCGCAUUUCACGCUGAAUCGACUGGUCCCGCGACAGUCGCCGGUCCAUCCGAUGGCGUUGGAGACACCGACUUUGCCCUUGCAUAAGCUGAAAAAUUACGAGAAAUACGCGGGAAAUUAUGAUCCGAAUGUGGCGAAAUUUGCAUUUAUUAGUAGUACGAAGCAUAGGCCAAAGUUCAGGGUGGAUGCCAAGUUCACAACCUACAGUAAUCCAAGAAAAAUGGCAAAAAACCGAAUUUUCGAGCAAAAUUUUUGGGAAGUUCCUUUUGAAACUCAAAUUUCCGAAGAUCCUCAACAUCCACAAGGAUUCUCAGACCCUUCUGACUCCCUAGACAACCAUAUUUUACAAUUUAAAUCAUCGCCAACCUCAUUUUCCGGCGAAAAUUUGCAUAAAUCCUCGAAAUUCGCGAGGAAUUACUUUAAAACCAAGCUAAAACGGGUAAAGCCUCAAAGCCGCCCGCUCAAAUCGACGGAUCCAGAUGAUUUAAGUGUGCUGGAAGAGGAUUUAAGGCCGGAGAUUGCAUCGGUCAACGAUAAGCCCCCAAAACACUCGCUUUUCCGGCAUUCCGAGCGCGCCGAACUCGAAACGACCGAGUUUUCCCCCGAUUUCCGCGAAAAAAUCCACUCAAAAACCGACCAAGGGUAUUAUAGCAUAUCGUAGUGGGAUUUCUGUGUGUUUGCGGUGGGAUUGUGAUACUGUAUUGUUCAUAUUUUGGGCUGUUUGUCUUUCGAUUUUCCAUUUUUUUCAUUUUUUUCCAAUUUUUUCCAAUUUUUUCCAAUUUUUUUCAAUUUUUUACUGUGUUGUUGUAUGUACACUGUGCUGUCAUGAUGUUGCAUUUUCUCUAUUAAACUUUAUUAACGAAAACUAAUCAAUAAACUAUAUGAAUUUCAAAAAAAUCUAGAAAUUUUCAACUUUUUUCCAAAUUUUUCGAAAUUUUUUGCUAAAUAUCCAAAAAGUUUUUAAAAAAUCUCAUUUUUAGCGCAACCCGUCAUCAUCGAGGAGAAAAUCAACGCCGCACCAACAGUGCCCAUUGGCCGUUCGACGGUGUUGUGGUGUCCCGCCUCAGGGCAUCCACCGCCCACCGUCAAAUGGUUCAAAGGUAAUGGGGAGCAGGUCAAGGAAGUUCCGGGAAAAAUUCGGUUGCUGGAGCGAGGCCAAGGCCUGGAGUUGAUUCAGGCCGGCCUCGAAGACAUUGGCACCUGGACCUGUCAUGCGGAGAAUGACGCGGGCGUCACGGAGAAGGUGAUCACGCUGAAUGUUUAUGGUGAGUAGCGGGAACGGGAUAUGAAAAAUUUUGACGAAAUACAUAUCUCGACCUGCAAUCCAUACUUCAUAGAAGUACUUUUGUGAAAAAAAUUUCCAUCGUAUAAAAUGUCACACCUAAUUUUUAACAGUUUGAAAAAUUUUUUCAUCGUAUAACAUGUCACACCUUGUUUUUCUCAAUUUUAAUAUCAAUGGAUCAAAAUGGAUCAAAUAGGUCCAUCGUAUAAAAUGUCACACCUAAUUUUUUUCAAUUUAAAAAAAAUCCAUCGUAUAACAUGUCACACCUUUUUUUCUCAAUUUUAAAAAAUUUUCCAUCGUAUAAAAUGUCACACCUAAUUUUUUUCAAUUUGAAAAAAAUUUCCAUCGUAUAAAAUGUCACACCUAAUUUUGCCCAGUUUGAAAAAAUUUUCCAUCGUAUAAAAUGUCACACCUAAUUUUUUUCAAUUUGAAACGUAAAAUAAGGAAAAAGGACAUUUGUUUUCAGUGGAACCCAAAGUUGAAGUCCGAGCCCAAGACAACCCUGUGAAGCCGGUUGGAUCCUCCGUCACCAUCUUCUGCAAUGCCACCGGGAAUCCCAAGCCGGCGCUUUCGUGGAACAUCGACGGGAAACUGUUGAUUCCCUCGGCCAACACGGCCCAAGUCUCGUUGUCUGUAAGUUCGGCUCUAUUAACGAAGAUUUCGCUUCCAGGGCACCCGCUUGGACAUCAUGAACCUGCAAGCCGACAACACCGGAAGCUACGAGUGCGUGGCGAGGAACGAGCUCGGCUCGGCCCACUCCGCCAUCACCGUGGACAUCCUGGUGACGCCGGAGAUUAAUCGCGAGAACUUGGAGCUGAACCGUCGUCUGAUCACCGGCCGCUCGGUGACGUUGUAUUGCGAGGCCGGCGGGAAGCCGACGCCGCGAAUUGAGUGGUUCCUGAAUGGGACGCUGAUCACGGAGGAGAAUGCGACGAACAUUGUGUUCGGCACGGAGAAUAAGUUCAUUCAGGUAACUCUAAUAAGUUCAUAAGUUCAAAAUGAGAUUUUUGAGUAAUUCUUAGAUUCCUCGACGUAUUUUACACUUGUUUCAGAUUUCAAAUGCAACCCUGGCGGACAAGGGCGUGUACGAAUGUCGGGCGGAGAAUGGCGCUGGAAAGGAUAGCUUGCAAUACGUAAUUACUGUUGAUUGUAAGCGUUUAUGUCGACGCCCGUCCAGGGCCUGGGAAAUUUUGAGGGAAGGCCAGGGACUUUUCAAAUGGCGUCACUUGCGGGCAACCUGGGACAUUUGCGGGCGAGGCCGUCAUUUGCGGGCAGCCGACAUUUUCCGGCAACAGGAUUACAAAAUUCCUGCGAUUCUGGGGGUUUUUUGGAAGUCUGCCGACAUUUGCGGGCAGCUGUUUCUUCCUCAUAGACAAAAACUAACGUCAACUUAUAUCAGUCUGUCGGAGGCGGGACAUCUUGCUAUUACAGAGCGCUCAUUUUGCUUUCCGCAAAAAAUUUUCCCGCAAAGUGGUUGCCCGCAAGUACGCGCCCGGCUUUCAAACCUGUUACGGCUUCCUCAAGCUUUGUAUACCACCUUUUCCAGUGUCCCCAUCCAUCAUGAACAGCGGCACGAACAAGGUGGUUGAAGGCAAUGUGGCCGUAAUGGAAUGUGUGGCCACCGGCGAGCCGAAGCCCAAAAUCACGUGGCAGAGGAACGGGAUUCGUGUGGAGACGGGCGCCCGCUACAUGGUGGAGGAGAGUGUGCUGAAGAUCAUUGACACGCACAGCUCGGACUCGGGGAUUUACGUGUGUGUGGCGACGAAUGAAGCCGGCACCGAUCAGCAGGCCUUCACGCUGGAGGUUUUGGGUGGGUUUUGGGAUUUUUAGAGGGUAACUUUUUAGAGGGAAUGGCAGGGUUGGUCAUUAAUAUAUUUAUAUAUCGGUGUGUCGGGAAAAUAAUGUGGAUUUGUGGCGGUUUGAAUCGCCCAUCAUCGCCUUGCGACGGCUAGCAAGCGAUGAUGGGUAGCCGAAGAUUUACAACGACAAAUCCACAUUAUUUUUCCGACAGACCGAGAGUAUUUUCAUAAAGUCAAUAGACAUUUUUUCCACCCACAUUAUUUUGACAAAUCCACAUUAUUUUCCAGACAUACGCCAUUAUCGCUUUGCGACCGCUGGUUGCGGCAGAUCCACAUUAUUUUCCCGACAGGCUGAUAUCACAUAGGUUUCACUGUAAUUUUUCUCUCUUCUUUCGCCAGUUAUCAGUCUGUCGGGAAAAUAAUGAGCACUUUGUCGCAUCGAAAAACGCAUCGCCACCGAGAAAAUUAAUGUGUCGCGGCGAAAAUCAAGUUGCUUUUCAAUUCAGCGACGCGAUCGGCGCAGCCACAUUGUGCUCAUUAUUUUCCCGACAGAAUAAGAAAAAAAUUUCUUCAGUAUCACCCGAGAUCACCAAAAAAUCGCCCAACGAGACAGUGGUGGCUGUGGGCGCCGAGAUCUCGCUGGUCUGUGAAUCCUCCGCCUAUCCGCUGGCCAACACCUCCUGGUACUACAUGGACGAGCCGAUCGAAGAGACCGGCGUCAACUACACAAUUCGAGGGAACGGCAAUCUGAUUGUUAGUGGGCUGAACGAAAAGGGCGACCUUCCAUUCAAGUGUGUGGUGUGGAACGAAGCCGGAGAGGCCAGUAGUUUGUAUGUGGUGAAGGUAAGUGGCCCUCAGGAUGACGUAUAUGUGUGAUAUUCGAAUAUUUGACAGAGUGUUUUGGUAUUUAAAAUAAUGAUUUUUAGGCUAUUAGUGCUCCAGCUACGAUCGGACCCAACCAGGUUCGUCAGGUCAACAGCAGCCAAGGACAGCCCACCAUCAUCACUUGUGAGAUCGAAAUCGAAUGGGAAAAGUCGGAGGUGGUCUGGAAAAAGAAUGGGGAGCUGAUCAAGCUGGGCGGUGUAAGUUUUUGAAGCUCCAAGAAUGCGCUGGUCUUGAUGGAAACUCUUUGAAAAAGAACAGUAUCAGUCUGUCGGGAAGAUAAUGUGGAUUUACCAGUCUGUCGGGAAAAUAAUGUGGAUUUGUUGCACCUUGAAAUUGUCCAUCAUGAAUUUCUGAAGGCUAGCCGCAGCUGGAGAAUUUUUGUGUGCGACUGUAGACUGGCAGGCAGAUAAAUCCACAUUUUUUCCCGACAGAUGGCUAAAUCCACAUUAUUUUCCCGGCAAACUAACAAAUCCACAUUGUUUUUCCGACAAACGGAUUCACAUUAUUUUCCCGACAAGCUUAUAAAUCCACAUUAUUUUCCCGGCAAACUAACAAAUCCACAUUAUUUUUCCGAUAAACUAACAAAUCCACAUUAUUUUUCCGACAGACGGAUACACAUUAUUUUCCCGACAAGCUUAUAAAUCCACGUUAUUUUCGCAACACGAUAAAAAAGAAAUUCCGGCCCCGGGCCUCGGCCCCAAAUUUUUCAAACUGUAUUUCCAAGCCCUUUACAAAGUCCGAUAGCCUUGUAAAAAUAUGGAUAUAUACAUGUGUAAUAAUGCUCGGAAUUCCAGGAGAUCACGGCCUUUGUAACCAACAAGAAGGGACAACUCCAGCUGGGCGACACCGAGCUGACCGACGAAGGGGAAUACGAGUGCACGGUGACGAAUUCGGUGGGAAAUGCGACUCAAAAAACUCAACUUUAUGUCGGAGGUACUCUUUUUUUGAUGACUAAACUAUUUUUUUAUUUUCCAACUUCUUCAGUUCCCCCGAAAAUCAACGAGAAGCCGUUGAAGGUGGUUGUGAAGAAGGGCGAAAGGGCCAAGGUUUGGUGCGAGACGGUCGGAAUCCCGCCGCCGGAGAUCAGCUGGAACCGCGACAAUGUCACGAUAACUAAGGAGCAUUUGGCCACGGACGAGGAUGAUAUUCUUCGGCUGGCUAUUGUGUACAACGACGUACAGCCCACUGAUGCGGGAAUCUACACUUGCACGGCGAAGAAUUGGGCUGGAACAGCCGAAAAGGAUGUGGAUUUGGUUGUCUUGAGUGAGUUACAGUACAACUAGAUUAGUGACCGUGCACCUUGGUCAGCUAUAGUAGCCUUAAUUAAGCCAUAGUGGCCAUGACUAAGAACUGUACCCUUUAUUAAGCAACACUUGCCUAAGUUGUCAAGACCUGCAGGAGUAUUGCUGCAGUAGCCUAAAUUGAGCGACAGUAAUUCUAGGUUGGUUGCAGUAGCCAUUAGUCUGCUGUAGUUGGUUACAGUAGCCUUUAGUCAGCCUAAUUCAGCUGUGUUAACCCUUGGUUCAGCUACACUACCCCUUGGUUAGCUAUUGCAGCCCAAUUUCAAUCAUAGUUGCCCUAGGUCGGUUACUGUAUUCACUUAGUUAGCUACAGUGGUCCCAUGGCUGCCGGAAGAGCUCUAAGUCAGUUACCGUAAGCCUAAGUUCGCUAGAAUCCCUUUGUUUUUAAUCAUUGCCCUGAGUGAGUUAUCGUGACCUUGGUGGAGUUACAGUACCCCGCUUAGCAAGUUACAGUAACCUCAAGCGGGUCGUAGUAACCAUGGUUGAGUUACAGGCGCCUAUUAAAAACUUCAGCAACUUAAGGUGAGCUCAAGUACCCCUGAGUAAGCUACCAUAACCUUAAGUUUUUUUUGUUUCCGAGGACAGUCUGCGAUUUUGGAACCGCGGAGAACGGUCAGAUCCAAGGUGUUUCACUUGUGAAGUGGUUACAGUAUUUUAUAUUGUCGUAACUAAGAAUAAAAAGGAGCUAAGUAAUCGAAUCGUGUUGUGAGUCAUUGUAUCUUGAUUGUGUUGAGAAAUUAUUCGGACCUACGGGGUCGCGGGGAGCAAGAAGGAGGAUUGAGAGGGAAUUGAUCCGGAUAGGAGAUAGGAUCAGGAUCCGAAUAGACAUUAGGAUAAGCACAGAGACGGGGUAUAGACAAGGAAAGCGAUAACCCCGAGUCUGACAUGGGUUCCGGGAACCCUCUCUCGAUUGCAGUACCCUAUGAACUCAAGUAUUGAUCCUAAGAUGUUAGGAUGCUGUUUGAUUCCAUUAUUUAUCUUUCAGCUCCACCUGUAAUCGAGCCUCAUCAGCUGAAUGUGAAUGCCUCUUUGGGAGAUACGAUCAUCCUGCCGUGUAAUGCCAGUGGAAAUCCGGAGCCGGUUAUUUCCUGGAUGAAGGUUCCAAACAUGACAUUGAUUGGGAAAGAAGAUAGUAAGUCAUAGCUAUGCAUAGUUUUUCGUGGCACACAUUCUUUUACUGCGCUGUAAGUAAGGCUUUACUCAUAUUUUUUUCAGAAUACAAGAAUCUCGGCACCUCUUUGGCGAUUCAAGGCGUCUCCAUCGACGACGACGACUUCUACCAAUGCAUUGCGCGCAGCGACGCGGGCACCGCCACCGGAGUGCGUCGCGUCACCGUCAACAACAUCCAUCUGACGGGCCCACCAAGAGUUUGGGUCGAGUGCGACAAGGAGGGCAAUCCCACGGCCAACGCGUACGUACCGCCACGCGGCGACGUCCCCACCGAUAUCGACCCGACGGACAUUGAGUACCUCCCGUGGGAGGAGCGACAUCUCUACCACGAUAAGAAUGGGAGCAAUGUCAUCUACUUCAAGUGCUUCCCAACGUCGAGGGACCCGAGGCAUUUGGGUGAGGAGGCAUUUCUUGUUUAUGUAUUUAACAGUACUACUUUUUUAAGUGGUAUUGUUAAAUAGUAAUUUUUUGAUUUUCUUCUAAAAGUACUCAAUUUAGGGGUAGUCGAUGGUGUAGAUUCCAAAAAUGAUACCCAUUUUUUCUAAUUUUUACUUUUUUUUCUUAAGUAGUACUGUUAAAUAAUAUUUUUUUUUGAUUUUUUACUAUGAGUGCUUGAUUUAGGGGUAGUCGAUGGUAUAGACCCUAAAAAUAAACCUAAAUUUUAACCAUUUAGGAGCCUCCCCCGCCCCACAACCCCCUCAAUUCAUCGAGACGCCCCCGCGACUCAUCCAAAUCGAAAAAGCUCAACCGUUGAAGCUGAAAUGCAGCGCCACUGGAAUGCCCGCUCCGGUGAUUGUCUGGUCCAUCAACGGAAAGAUUGUGGACUCGUCGAUGGAUCUACUUGACCUGGAAGCCGGAGAAGUUGAAGAGGGAAGAUAUGUGUGCACGGCGAGAAAUGAUGUUGGAGAGGAACAUGUAAGAGAAAUUAUGUUUUUUUUUUGAUAGGACAUGAUUUAGAUAUACGCCGUAGAGGCUUUGAACAAACUUGAGAGACGUUUUAUACGAUGAAACAUGUCUGGGACAUUUCGAACAUGUUUCAUCGUAUAAGAUGGUUUCAUAGGGCCAUAAAAUUUUUUUGCCUAUUUACAUAUUCAAUGUUAUCCCUAUAGCUUUUUGAGACCACUUUAUACGAUGAAACAUGUCCGAAGCAUUUCAAACGUGUUUCAUCGUAUAAAAUGGUUUAACAUGGCCACAAAAAAUUUUUUUGAAAUCAAAGCCGGCUUGACAUAUUCCAUGUUAUCUUUAUAGCCUUCUGUGAUCAUUUUAUACAUUGAAAGAUAUCCGGUACGCGUCAAACAUGUUUCGGUGUAUAAAAUGGUCCAAAAAAGCUAUAAAAAUUCUUUUGACGUGGCAGCCGGUAUGGCGCUUUCCAGUUAAUCGUUUUAAAAUUUGUAAACUAUUUUAUACGAUGAAAUAUGUUCGAACCACUUUGGACAUGUUUCAUCGUAUAAAAGAUCCUAUUCGGUUUGGUUUCCUCGUAGUAAUCUUUUUGGGCCUUGCAAGCCAUUCAUGUUAUCAUUAUAGCCUUCUGUGACCAUUUUAUACGAUGAAACAUAUCCGGUACGCGUCAAACAUGUUUCGUCGUUUAAAAUGGUCUAAUAAGACUAAAAGGUAUUUUUUAACACAAAAGCGGGACAUGCCAAAUUUUUUCGUCACCUUCAUUAAUUAUUUCUUACGAUAAAACUUGUUGAGAGCGCUUCGAGCAUGUUUCAUCGUAUAAAACGUCCCACCCGGAUAUAGAUUUUUCUUUAUAGGCUUUUUGGAGCCUCUCAUUUUGCAAACCAUUUCCAGGCGAUUGCGAAAGUCGAGUUCUCCGACAACAGGUCCGAGAUUCGUCGUGCUCCCAAAAAAGAGCCGUUAGUCCCACUCACCGUAAUCGACUGUAAAAACCCCUCCAAAGAUCUUUCCUGGUACUUUGAUGGCGAACGAAUCGAGCCCAUGAUGGUCAACGAUCGAAUGCACAUCCUGUCCAACGGGAGCUUGAUUCUGCACUACUUCAUCGACAAGGAUGAGAUCAAAAAGUAUCAUUGCGAGGUGCUCAUCAACGGAAAGGAUCACAAAUUCAAGCCCAAAGAGCCCGCAACUCUGGAGGUGGCGGAGGUCGCGCCAGUGGUGGAGAUCCCGCAAAGCGGGCGGAUUGUUGGCCAGACCGGGAAACAGGUGGUUUUGGAUUGUAAUUUGGUCAAGGGAACGCCGUUGUUGACGCGAAUCCGAUGGACCAAGGACAAUGUCAACUUGGAGAUCGAUGGAAGCAAAUUCGUGUUUGCGGUAGGCCGGUUUUUCUGGUUAUUUAGGAGAGGAUUUAGAAGGAAAUGGCACGUUUAGGGAGUAUCAGUCUGUCGGGAAAAUAAUGUGGGUUUGUCGGGAAAAUAAUGUGGAUUUGUCGGGAAAAUAAUGUGGAUUUUGUCGGAAAAAUAAUGUGGGGUUGUCGGGAAAAUAAUGUGGAUUUUCCGGGCUUCGAAAUCGCUCAUUGUCGCGCUUUGAUUUGCGAAAUAUCUUUUGUUAAAUCCACAUUAUUUUCCCAACAAAUCCACAUUAUUUCCCCAAAAAAUCAAUAUUAUUUUUCCGACAAAAUCCACAUUAUUUUCCCGACAAAUCUUGUCGACAAAUCCACAUUAUUUUCCCGACAAAUCCAAAUUUUUUCCCGAUAAAAAUCCACAUUAUUUUCCCGACAGACUGAUACCACUAGUCCCGGGAAAUCGACCAGUAAUGAAGCUUAUUGUUUUCAGAAAAACAACUCACUAGUCAUCAACGACCUCACCGAAGCCGACCGAGGCAGCUACAAGUGCAGAGCGUGGAAUAAAAAGGGGAAAUCGUACGAUGAAGUGGGCCUCAUUGUUGGAAGUGAGUUUUUUUUUUCAUUUUAUGGCCAAAAGGCGUUUUUUUAUAUAUAGUAUACGUAUAUGUACUGUAUGUAUAAUAAUAGGUAUAUCUGUAUCUAUAUGUAUAUGUAUAUGUGUAUAUGUAUAUGUAUAUGUGUAUAUGUAUAUGUAUAUGUGUAUGUGUAUGUAUAUGUGUAUGUGUAUGUAUAUGUGUAUGUAUAUGUAUAUGUAUAUGUAAAUGUAUAUGUAGAUGUAUAUGUAUAUGUAUAUGUGUAGGUAUAUGUACUGUAUAAGUAUAUGUAUAUGUAUAUGUGUAUGUAGAUGUAUAUGUAUAUGUAUAUGUGUAUGUAUAUGUACUGUAUAAGUGUAUGUAUAUGUAUAUGUAUAUGUAAAUGUAUAUGUAGAUGUAUAUGUAUAUGUAUAUGUAUAUGUGUAUGUAUAUGUAUAUGUAUACGUAUAUGUACUGUAUAUGUAUAUGUAUAUGUAUAUGUGUAUGUAUAUGUAUAUGUGUAUGUAUAUGUGUAUGUAUAUGUAUAUGUAAAUGUAUAUGUAGAUGUAUAUGUAUAUGUGUAUAUGUAUAUGUAUAUGUAUAUGUGUAUGUAUAUGUGUAUGUAUAUGUACUGUAUAAGUAUAUGUAUAUGUAUAUGUAUAUGUAUAUGUAUAUGUAUAUGUAUAUGUAUAUGUAUAUGUAAAUGUAUAUGUAAAUGUAUAUGUACAUGUAUAUGUGUAUGUAUAUGUAUAUGUAUAUGUAUACGUAUAUGUACUGUAUAAGUAUAUGUAUAUGUAUAUGUAUAUGUAUAUGUAUAUGUAUAUGUAUAUGUAUAUGUAUAUGUGUAUGUAUAUGUAUAUGUAUACGUAUAUGUACUGUAUAAGUAUAUGUAUAUGUAUAUGUAUAUGUAUAUGUAUAUGUAUAUGUAUAUGUGUAUGUAUAUGUAUAUGUAGAUAUAUAUAUAACAAAUUGGCAGUAAAUUCCAGUGCCUCAGCCAUCAUUUCCCACGUUUUUUUCAGACCUUCCCGGCGUCAUCGAAGCUCGAAUUCACGGCAAAGUGAACGGGCGUCAGAUCAAGCCCACCAACAUUGUGUUCGCGCGCCCCAACCCCAACGUCAACAGCAAUGAUCUGACGGUGGAUCUGGAGAAUCUGCCAGACCCCUUGGGACCGAACGGCACCCGAGCCCACAAUCAUUUGGUCGGCCUCAUGGCCACACCCUCCAUGCAGCUCGGGUACGAUCCGGACCGCCUUCACGACGACACCAACCCCAUGAACGUGCCAUUCGCGCGCGCCACGGAGUACAAGUUCAAGUCGGGCGAGCGGAUGAAGGUCAACCAAAAGUCGGUGGAUACGCCGACCACCGAACGAAUGAAAUUGGACGUUGAGUUGGACGGAGACUUGCCGAACAUCAAGCACGAUGACGUCACUGUCGAGCCGAUGGAAGAGGACUUGGUGGCGGACCGGCCGGAUGAGCUGAUUGGGCAGGGAAAGUCGGCGAUCAGGUUCGGUCCUAAUGGAGAAGUGCCUUUCACGUAAGUUGGGGAGUUCCAAAGGCGCCACAAAUCCACAUUGCUUAAACGAGCUACAGCUGUCAGCGGAGACAAUAAAGGUUUCAUCGUAUGACAUGUCGCACCUAUUUUUUUUUAAUUUGAAAAAUGAGGGGGAGUGAAAAGGGGAGUGUUUGGGCACGUCAAGAAAAAAUAAAACAAAAGCGCUCAAGCAAUGAAAAAUUCUUGGCAUUCUGUUUGAUCUCAAAGACAAUUUUUUGCUCCAAAGAUAGCCUGAUUACACGAUGAAGAUGGGGUAGAAUGAGGUUAUUGCAUACAUAAAUUUGAAGCUGGGCUCCUGCUUAACCUGAACAUAUACAGGGUCUUUCAAGAAACGUGAAGGAAAGUAGGAGGGUAUAACUUUCGGCGGAGGCGGCGCAGAAAGCUCGUUUUUGGAAUAUGUAUUUUUAAGUAACAUUAUUUUUUGCCUACAAAAUAACAAGCUUUUCGAGUGCAAACUGAGGUCGCUACGACCUUCUGAAGUAGAGGCAUCUCUACCCCGAAAACCAGGUUUUUUCGGUUGAAAAUGAUCGUGAAAUUUCGGUCUUUUUCGGUUGAAAAUCACCAAGAAAUGUCGGAUUUUUUCGGGGGUUUCGAUAGAAUUGACGUUGAAAAAAGGGAAGGAUAUUGCCAACACGUUGGAAAUUAAGCAAAUAUUCGGCUAGCCUCAAUUUGGGGCAAAUUUCGAGUUUAUUUUUCAGUAUCUUCCGCGAAGAAGCGUGACAUCAUUUAGGGAUUUGAGGAACCUGGAAUCGGCUAGCCAAGGCACCAGAAUGGCAUAAAAACAAGUCAAAGGGUGUAAUGGGCGUCAAAGGGCAGGAAUGACAACCAAACUUUUAAACUGCUAGCAAAAACUGGCUAGCCAAAGUGUCAAAAUAAAUAGUAGCCGAACAUUUGCUUAAUUUCCAACUUGUUGGCAACAUCCUUCCCUUUUUUCAACGUCAACUCUAUCGAAACCCCCGAAAAAAUCCGACAUUUCGUGGUGAUUUUCAACCGAAAAAGACCGAAAUUUCACGAUCAUUUUCAACCAAAAAAACAUGGUUUUCGGGGUAGAGAGGCCUCUACUUCAGAAGGUCGUAGCGACCUCAGUUUGCACUCUAAAAGCUUGUUGUUUCGUAGGCAAAAAAUAAUGUUGCUUAAAAAUACAUCUUUCAAAAACGAGCUCUCUGCGCCGCCUCCGCCGAAAGUUAUAGCACUUUCCUUCACGUUUCUUGAAAGACCCUGUAUAUUUCAUAUAAAAAAUCGGUCGUCUUCUAUCUGUUUGAAGCCUAAACUAACAACGCCUAAAAAAUUUUGCGAUUUCGAGGAUUUCUCUAAGAUUUUCCCUCGCCCCUAUUUGAAGUUUCGUGGAAACAUAGUCUGGAACAAGGCGGAUUUUUUGAGCCUCAAACGAAAAAAAAUCAAAUGAGCCAGUUUCGAGAUAGAAAAUCUCUUCAUUUUGCGCAAUAUUUCGCCUUUCCUCUGACCUCGUCCAAAAAAACUGUCAUUGAGACGGAUUUUUAGACACUUCCGUAAGCGGAAACAGAAUGCCAACUUUCGUGUUGAAAGAUAACCCUUUGAGCGCAAAAUCUUGACGUGUUGGGCUCAAUCGCACGGCUCCGGAGACGGCGCUUAGCUCUGGCUCUGACAAUGAGCGGAAGCCCAAAGCCGGCGCCGGAGCCGGAAUUUUGUCCUUGGCAAUCUCUCUCGGGAAGACAAAAUGAUUUCAGCAAGAGAAUCUUUGCUAAGAAAAUCUUCUCCAUUUUCAGUUUCAACGACAAGAUCAGGCUGAACCUGUCCGAGGGCCAAGAGAUCCUCUCGCCCGACAUGUCCAUGCACCUCCGUACCGCCGUGGAUCCUCGAAGCAGCGCCGAAACACCGCUGAAAAUCGGUCUUCAAAUCAACACGAACCGUUUCGGCGAGUGUCCCGACGGCUACGUGCGCAUCAAGGACCACUGUAAGGACAUUGACGAAUGCGCGCUGGACAAGAGCGUGUGCGCGGGCCGCUCGGCGUGCCGAAAUACGUUCGGCGGGUUCGAGUGCGAGCUGGAAUGCCCCGAGGGCUUCGCAGCCGACGAGAUGGGAGAAUGCGCCGACGUGAAUGAGUGCACGUUGGGGAUGUUCGAUUGUGAUUUGGGAAUGGAGUGUAGGAAUACGAAUGGAAGCUAUGAUUGCGUCGAAGCAUGCGCUGAGGGCUAUUUCAUGGAGCACACGGGAGAUUGUGUGGGUAAGUGAUGGAGUGGGGGGUUUUCGCGAAAAAAAUAUUAUUUGUUUAUUCGUUUGUCGGGAAAAUAAUGAGCACUCUGUCGCAGCGAAAGUCUUUAGGUCAAGGGGGGAAAGAAUAUAAGAAAAAUAGAGCCGAUAAGAGAAAGAAUAAAGGUUUGGGUAAGAAGCUACUACUAAAAAAAGCAAGAAAUAUCAGUUAGUCGGGAAAAUAAUGAGCAUUCUUUCGCACCGAAAAUCGCAUCGCCGCAGAGAACAUGAAUUGUGUCGCGAUUAGACAUGGCUGGGGGGCCGGGCCGGGCCGAAAAUCGCGGCCCGGCCCGGGGGCCGAAAGAGGUCGGCCCGGCCCCGGCCCCCGUCAAAUUUUCUCGGCCCGGCCCGGCCCGGCCCCCAGGGGGCCGGGCCGGGGGCCUACCGGGGGCCGAACUGUAAAUAUAAAUACUGCAUUCAUUACGAGAUAUUAUACAUUUUUUUGGGGCUUUGGUAGUUCAGCCCCCCACGAAAGGUAGUUCAAACCCCCACUGUUUUGUCCAUUUCACACCCCCCAUAAUUAAAAAAUUAGAAUAAUACAAAAAAUGGAAAUUAGAGUAAAAUGACCUCCGGCGUUUUAGCUCAAACCCCAAGUUACCGUCCAAAUUCGUUCUUGUGGUUCAGGCAACGAUGAUCGUAGCCGAGAGAACGCAAUCCCGAGUAGGCAUUUCAGAUUAGAUGAGCGGGUUUAUAAUGGGUCAAGGGGGGCUGAACUGGACUGGGGGGUUGUACUACCGUAGCCCCCAUUUUUUUGUUAUAACAAUCGAAAAAAAAAUUUUUGAAACAAAAAAUUACCAACCAUUGCCAUGUAUAUACUUCAAAAGACCCAAUCGGUUCUUGGCUCUGCAUUUUUUUUUGUUGGCAACCCUAACUUUCGCUUUGAGACUGGGAAUUUUUGUCAUUGGGGGCCGAUUGGGGGCCUGGCGGGGGCCCCCGGUCGGCCCGGCCCGGGGGCCGGAAGAGGUCGGCCCGGCCCCGGGGCCUUUAAAACUCGUUCGGCCCGGCCCAGCCCGGCCCCCCGGGGGGCUGGGCCGGGCCGGGCCGGGCCGGCCCGGCCCACUAGCCAUGUCUAGUCGCGAUAAAAUCAUUUUUUUCACUUCAGCGACAGUAUCGCCGCAACGACAGAGCGCUCAUUAUUUUUCCGACAGACUUAUAUUAGCAUUUUCAUAAAGUGCGCAUACUUUUUGUUGCGAGUUUUUUUUCUGUGCCGUGCAUUUCGCACUUUGUACUACGCAUUUUUCAAUGCGACAUUGUGCUCAUUAUUUUCCCGACAGACAGAUAAUAGUCGCGCCAUAAAGUCCCAUUAGCCUUGUACAUACACUGUAGGGUCCUUGGGAGUGUUAGUAACUCACCCGUUGGGGUUUCGUGCGGACACAUUUUGCUACGACAAGUCCACAUUAUUUUCCCGACAGACUGACGCGACGGCUAACCGCGGCUAAGGACUUAGGGCAUACUUGGGCUAGUCAAUUUUCGAUGCGACUGAGCGCUCAUUAUUUUCCCGACAGACCGAUACGAAGUUUUAUUGUGCAAUCCAAGACAUAUCUUCGUCAACAAUUGACCAUUACUUGCCCUUUUGGAAAAAAUUAACUUUUUUCCCUUUCCAGACAUUGACGAAUGUCAGCGUUCCCCUUGCCGCUCACCCAUGGAAUGCGUCAACCUUGGAGGCGACUAUCAAUGUGUUUGUCCAUUAGGCCUUGAGCUGGUCGACAAUGGGACGCGCUGUGAAGGGCUGAUAUCGAAUAUGGACACGCCUUUGCAAGCCAUGACCUUUGACACAACACCGAAUAUUUUCGAAUGCCCCGAGGGCUUGGAGUGGACGGGAACAGCGUGUGCGGAUAUUGAUGAGUGCGCGUUCGACGCACCCUGUCAACACAAAUGCUUAAAUCAUGCCGGAGGCUAUGAAUGCUAUUGCCCGGAGGGCUAUAUUUUGGAUGAAUUUGGACAGUGUUUGGGUGGGUUUUGAGUGGUUGAUAGGACAGGUUGGAAGGUUGGACUUCUCCAGAUUAUCUGUCUAAAACUUCGUUAACCUUUUUAUACGAUGAAACAUAUCCGAACGGGACUAACAUGUUUCAUCGUAUAAAAUGGUUUAAGUAGGAUUUGACGAAGUUUUUCACGUGGAAACCAGUUUGAAAAAUUCAAAAUUAUGUUUCAGCCCUUCUAUAACCAUUUUAUACGAUGAAACAUAUCCGAAACACAUCCAACAUGUUUCAUCGUAUAAAAUGGUUUAAAAAAACCAAAGUCGACCAUAUCAUCUCGUUCCCAAUUAAUUUUUUGACUGAUCUUCUUUUUAGACAUCAAUGAAUGCGAAAUGGAAGGAGUUUGCGGUCAAGGCGAGCUCUGUUUCAACCAGCUGGGCGACUACUCUUGCAUUGUGAAUGCGUGCCCACCAGAGUAUCGGCUGCGGAUAGAGAGUAGUGAUAUGUAGGUUUUUUUUGUUUUUUAAUCUAUUUUGUCAUCCUCAAUCCCAUGGAUAUUUGUGGCGCGACUCUCAGUCUGUCGGGAAAAUAAUGUGGAUUUUUCGUGUCUUGGAAUUGUCCAUAAUCGAUGUGCGGCGGGUAGCCGCGAGUGGAGAUUUGGAUACUAAAAAUCCACAUUAUUUUCCCGAAAAACUAAUAAUUCCGCAUUAUUUUCCCGACGGAGUAAGAAAUUCAUAUGAUUUUCCCGACAGACUCAGAAAUCCACAUUAUUUUCCCGACAGACUCAGAAAUCCACAUUAUUUUCCCGACAGACUCAGAAAUCCACAUUAUUUUCCCAACAGACUGAAAAAUCCACGUUAUUUUCCAGACAAACGGAAGAUCCACAUUAUUUUCCCGACAAUCUAUAAAUCCACAUUAUUUUCCCGACAGACUGAUAAAUUCCUGUUUCAGAGCCACCUGCCUCCCACUGUGCAAGAACUGCACCACGCCCAUCAUCCACAUCUACCUGUUCCCACUGCCGCAGGGCCUGCCGAAGGGCACGCCGCUGGCGCGUCUCGCCGCCCACGACACGAAAGGCAAGAUCCUGCGCAACACCACCUUCCACGAGAUCCGCGACAUCCAGCAGCCGGUGCCGGAGCGGCAGGCGGUGGAGGUGCGCGUGAAGGAGGGGCGCGCCACGCUCCUGCUCAACGACCGCCUGCCCGCCGGCACCAAGCAGCGGCUGAACCUGCGCUCCGCGAGCGUCUCCGUGGACGGGGCGCACAAGUACGCCAGCAACUUCCACAUCUUCACGGCCAUUUCGAAGUACCCGUUCUAA